CCGCUCUGUUCAUUCCUGCAGUGUCCCGUUGGAGGACAGUCUGUCUGAACUCGGGAGGGGAAUCGCAGCGCUGUUAAAACUCCCAGGAUUUACACUCUGCCAUUUUGAGCAAAACCGGUCGACAUCAGAGUUCAGACGCGUCCAUCAAACAGAGGCCAUGACCUGAAUUAGUGAACCACCACUGUGAGUUUAGGAGAAGGUCUGAAGUGGGGGACAAUUAAUCCAAAAGAGGAGGAACUGUUUUUUGGACUGGACAUCAUUCAUCUGCAGCCAUGUGUUCUACUAAUCACUCAAACUGGGUCACAUUUGAAGAUGACAACACACCCCUCUCAUCACCUCAGAAGCCUCUACAGUCACCAGGGCUUAUCAAAGCAUCGGUACCGCGUCCCAAUGGUCUGAAAUUAGUGCUUCCUCCAAUCAGAGAUACUUCCUGGAGCUUCAGUCGUUCCUUGGAAUCCCCUCAAAGCCACUCAAGCCUUAGUGGAAGUUCCUGUGUACCAUGUAACACACCCUUUUGCACUCCUGUUAGUGGGGGUCCUAGCAGCGCAUCCCCAUUUCAUUCCAACACGUGGGAAAAGAACGACUUCUUCCAGAGUUUGUCCAGCACAUCGACCACUUCUGCUCCCUCUCCUGCACCAGAGGCCUUGAAUCAAACCUCAGAUGGACCAAGCCCUUUCCCUUCUUUCCAGGGGAACUCAGGACACUAUAACCCCUUCUGGGAUGGAUCUAGACACAGCGCAGAUGUGGGCAGCUCCUCCUCAGACUCAGAAUGUGACAACAGCCUACCACGUUUCUUUAUUCGGACCAAAGACGGCAGUGAACCUCCACGUGACCAUCUCCAGAGCUCCUUCUCCUACGUUUGCCACAGGUUGGAAGGCCUACGAACAGAAACAGACCCUGAAGUGGAGACAGAAAAAGAUGGGGAGAGGCAGCAAAGUUGCAAAAAUGAAGUGCUAAGUGAAGAUUCAACUCAGUUCGUUCCUCGGGGUCUGUUUCGUAGCCAGAAGAGAGACGGCUGGCCUGUCAUGCUCAGGAUUCCUGAAAAAAAGAACCGCAUGUCUUCUCGACAGUGGGGGCCGAUCUACCUCCGCUUGUUGCCGGGAGGUGUGCUGCAGAUGUACUACGAGAAAGGGCUGGAGAAGCCGUUCAAGGAGUUCCAGCUUCUCCCUCAAUGUCGGCUCUCGGAUCUUAAACUGGAAAGCUACGGAGAGCCUCGCAAGGUCCUCGCAGUCAAGGUGGAACACUUCUCCUACAUUGAGAAGAAACGCUAUCACCCAAAGUUGGAGGUUAGUCAUGAUGCAGAGGUAGACCAGCUGCUCAAGUUUGGCUCCACAGUGCAUGACGACAUGGAGGACUUAGUAGUAUCCAUGGAAGAGGAAAUCUUCAAACUGUGUAUGCCCCAUCAGCAGAGGCGGCACUAUGAGGAGCAGGAGCUGUCGCUGCAGAUCACUGAUCAUAUCUGGGUACAACUGGAUAAGUCUGGAGGAGUCGUGGAGCGGACAGCUUUCACCCAGAUUCACUGUCUGGCUUUUCUGAACGGACUAGGGGAUUGUUUUCUUGCCCUAAAUGAUCUCGGGCUGCUGCGCUUCGACUCCAGCUACGGGUCCGAGGAGGGCAGUGAACUCUGGAUGGAGAUUGCUGACUGCCAUUUUCACAAAUGUGUGAAUGAGACAGAGUUUCAGAGGUCCCGGCUGAUUAAGUUCUCUCCUCCUGACGCCUGCAGGGUAGAGCUGAUGCGGUACAAGACAACAAGUCUGGCUUGCACAGAUAUUCCUUUCUCAAUCAAAGCUGUGGUCACAGUUCAAGGUGCCUAUGUGGAGCUGCAGACCUUUCUUAACAUGUCAGCCACCUUCCUUUCCUCCAUGGGGGGGUCUGACAGGCACCCACUGUGUGAGAAUGUAGUGAUCCGUGUGCCGGUGCCAGGCGACUGGGUCAAAGUGACACAGACAGUGGCCUUGCUGCGACAGAGGUCACUGAAGGCCCGUAUGAACAGAAAUGCCUGCUUGGGCUCUGUCGGAAAUGCAGAUUCACAGCCUGUCAUGCAGGUGUCAAUUGGCACUGUCAAAUAUGAGAAUGUGUAUUCAGCCGUCGUGUGGAGGAUCGACAGACUGCCAGCGAAAAAUACAGCAGUGGAUCAUCCCCAUUCAUUUUCCUGCAAGCUAGAGCUGGGAUCUGAUCAGGAGAUCCCAAAUGACUGGUACCCUUUUGUCACGAUGGAAUGUGAAAUAAUGGGCGCAGUUGUGUCGCAGACCAGGGUGAAGUCACUGGGCACCACGAACGACAUCCAGCCGCAGAAACAUUUGACCAGUUGGACACGCUAUCAUUGUCAGGUGGAAGUGGAGAAGAAAUGGAUUGAAACGGAAUCACAGAGGCAGUCCGGCUGUAUGACACAGUGAUGAUUAAGGAGGACCUUAUCCUCUUUGGUCCAAGACAUUUGCCAAAAUCUUCUUAGUAGUGAAAAUGGAUGAGAGAAAAUGAACAAAAACAAGGGUGACGAGGGACUUUUCUGCUUAUAUAUCCGGUGUCAAAUUCAUCUAAUAACACAUAGCCUGGUAACCGAUUUUAUAUCCUUUAACUGAGACUGAAUUAUUCUAGACCUAAUCAAAAAAAUUAACAUGGUCUUUUUGCCUAGCACUUUACAUUUAAUAGAUUUAUUAAUUGUAAGAUUACAGUUUAUAUGAGUAUUGUAUAUAAGCUUGCAUUUGCAUCAUCUGCACUGCCCUCCAGAAUGAUUGGCAGCUUUAAUAAACGUACGCCGGACAGGCUGCAUGAGAUAAACAGCUUAAGUAAUGAGCAACAUUCACUGUGUUUGAGGAAAACUAAUUAUCAGUAGAUGUUUAGCAUCAGACCCUGUUGUUGCCCUGCGAUUUUUAAACUUCACAUAUUUCCAAAUUGACUCACUUAGGUACGACUCCUCCACAUUUAAAUUAAAUGUUAUUUGGCAGUGGCAUUACUGUUUUGUUUGUUUUAUAUUGUGCUCUAAGAAUCUCAGUAGGUAGGUGACAUCAGUAAGUGUCAGACAAAACAAUGUUAAAACGUUAAUAUUUUGAACGGUAACUGUCUUGCCUUCUGCCAAAUACAGACACAGUGCACUUACAAAGUGAAACAGCAGUAGCGGUUAUAUGACUGAUUGACUGCAGCCUAAUACAGUGUGUCCAAUGCUUGGAGUGGUUUUUGAAGUUGUACUAUAGUAGCAGCUUUACACAAACCUUUCCUUGUAAAAGAAAUGACUGCGCAACAUAGGGUGUUAAUACUCUUAUAUAAAGUGAGAUAUUAAUUUUCUAAUGUUUUUUCACAUUUAUACAACUCAUUACUUUGGUUGCUUACCUCGAGCUGACCUUUUACUUUCUACCGAGGUUGUAUUCUGGAGGACUGUAUUGUUAUUUAAACAAAUCAAAUCUUUAUUAUGUGAUCUUUCUGCCUCUGGGUUGUGAGUAGGUUGAAUGAAAGAAAUAGAGUGGUGAAGCUUUGUAGUGAACAAGGCCCUAAAUGAUGAUUUGUAUGUAUGAGGUACCUGGCUUAAGCUGGAUAUUAUGUACAUCAUGAGUAAAAAUUGAAUUAAACCUGAGUGACUGGUACCUUUUCACAUAUGUUGUUAAGACUGAAAUAAAGUAUCGUGCUCUAUUGUA